UACACGGAAAAACAGAUUGUUAACGCAUAGGGCGGCGUUUUAGUGACAGAAUAAGUGCGCUCGCGCAGACGAUCGCCUGCAGUCACCUGUGAACCUGCGCGUAAUACACUCCUGCGCACUCCGCUGUGACAACCACUUCGCGUCAAUACUCGCAGCUCGAUACGGAAAAUGGAAAAUAACAAGACGAAGAAAGUUGACAUCAGCCACAUCAGUGGCAAUGCAGUUUCCUACCAUCAUGACGACAACAGUGUAGCUGAUGGCUACGGCAUGUUCCAGUCCAGGGAGCAAAUCAUCUCGGACUCCAAAGGACAGUUGGAGAUGGAGAAUGGGAAGGCCUUGAACGGUCAACACAAUGAUGGUCAUCACCAUGUCACGCAUCCUACCUCAUAUGCUGACACAAUGCUGCACCUGUUCCGUGGUAACAUCGGCACCGGUCUGCUGGCCAUGGGAGAUGCCUUCAGGAACGGAGGCAUCGUGUUCUCCCCCAUAGUAACCGCACUGCUUGGCAUCAUCUGCGUACAUGCGCAACACUUAUUGCUCAACUGUUCAGAAGAGAUGCAUCGUCAGUCGAAGCGGGAUCGUCCGCCAGGAUUCGCAGACACGGUGUACCUGGUGUUUGCGAACGGCCCCGUGAAGUACCGAGGCCUGGCAGCCUUCAUGAAGGUCCUGGUCAACGGGUUCCUCUGCAUCACACAGCUCGGCUUCUGCUGUGUCUACAUCGUGUUCAUCGCGAAUAACGUUAAGAUGAUUUGCGACCAGUACAACAUACACAUCGACUUAUCAAUCCACAUGAUAUUUGUGGUGGUGCCUGUACUCCUGGCAUGUAUGGUGCGGAACCUCAAGUACCUGACGCCGUUCUCCACCAUCGCCAACAUUAUGAUGGCUGCGGGAGUCGCCGUGGUAGUCUACGAAGCCACCCAGGACCUGCCCGAUGUGGAGACCAGGGAAUACAUAGGGACGUGGCAACAACUGCCUCUUUACUUCGGAACUGCUAUCUAUGCCUUUGAGGGAAUCGGAUUGGUUCUGCCCCUCAAGAAUGAAAUGCGCAACCCGGAGAAGUUCCAGAAGCCUUUGGGCGUGUUGAACGUGGGCAUGGUAGUGGUGGGCAGCAUCUUCAUAACUGUGGGCUUCCUCGGAUACCUCAAGUGGGGAGAUGACGUGCUCGGCAGCUUGACUCUGAACUUGCAGCCAGGCAGAGUGCUCAGUAACGUGGUGCAGGCUCUGAUCGCUCUGUCGAUACUGUUCACGUACCCGCUGCAGUUCUACGUUCCCAUCGCGAUCACGUGGCCCACCAUACACAAGAAGUACGCCACAAACAACCCCAUUGCCAAGGAACUGGGAUACAGAGCUCUGCUAGUGCUGCUUACUUUUGUCCUGGCUGAAUCGAUUCCUGAGCUCGGUCUGUUCAUCUCGCUGGUGGGAGCUGUGAGCAGCACAGCCCUGGCCCUGAUGUUCCCCCCCCUCAUCGAGCUGGUGUACACAUCACAGAAGCCCGAAGGCAUCCCGAAACACAUGCUACUCAAAGACGGAUUCAUCAUCCUUCUAGGAUUGUUCAUCUUCGUCACAGGAACAUACGAGAGCGUAGUCUCUAUCGUUAGAGCGUUCCAAAACUAGAUCUUACCUAUAUUUAGUCGUUAAAUAAGUUUAGAUGUCGUUGACUUAUCAUAAUACAAUCUUUAUAUUUUUAGAUAUCGCGUGUCGAGUUUUGUAGGUUGAUUAUUACCUACUUAUUUUCGUAAAUGAUAUUGAAUAUUUUAUUAACCUAUUUAUUUAUGGUUUAAAUCUAUUUUGUAUACCCUUUUUAAUAGUAAACAGGAUAGGUAAGUGUGCGGUUACCGUAUCGAUGUCGAUUCAAAUGAUCUAUAAAUGUGCUUGUAAUAUUGUCUGACUUUUGUCCUAUGUAUUAACUGCCGUAUUCAGAGUCAUUUAAUGGUUACUUAACCGAGUCUUUAGCAAUUGUUUUCGAUACAAAAUCUCUACUAAGGAAUAGUUUAAGUAAUCAUUAAAUGUCUCUGAGUGCGGCGGUAAGUAUACAAAUGUUUCUUGUUUCCCUUUAGAGUGAUAUUUGAUAGUCUAGUAUUUUCAUAUCGUAUUACAUCAGAAGUGUGUUGUCCCUAUAACUAUAUUUUGACAAAAUGUUGCCUAGUAUCAAAGAUUUUGGGCUAAAUGGUGAGAAAUUACGAAUUUAUUGAACUAGGCACUAAACUUUAAUUCUAAGCUCAAUCUAUAUCUCGUAUAAUUUAUAUAACUACUGUGCCGUAACAAUGUAGUUAUAUAGUAACUACAUAGUAUAUAUAUUUAUUUGUUCACAAUGUUUUAAACCAUUCUUAUUUGACACAGGUAAUGUUUAUAAUGUAAACUGCCUUACCUACCUCUGAUGGGCGUCGUCAGGAUUAUAAAGAGUAGUACCUGCAUUUGUAUCAUUACUUUACGCAAUUUAUUAGAGGUUUAGCAAGGAGGAGGCUCCCGGUCCCACUUUAGCUCUUUAUAGUUUCAGCCAGUCGAUUUAUAGGAAAUGUAUGGGAGGCAUUUUUUGCAAGCCCCCAGUCUUUUCUCGGAUACAUUUCGGUGUGCAUGGAAAAUGCACAACUUAAUUCUCCUUAGUUUGUUUCAUCACUGUAUGCACCACUAGACAAACGGCAAGAUAAUUAUUGCAUCAAUUUACACGAACCGUUUCGCUUCGAGUAUCCUUAUGCCGUAAAGAAGUGAAAUACUUACCUUGUUGGUGUCUGUGUUUCCUGAAAAAUUCAACUUGGGUGUCCUCAAUUUUUGCUUACGAUAUAAAGAUUACAUAUUUCUCUUCUGUUUUGGUAUACAAGUGUAUUCAAUUGUACCUGCUGGCGCCCUCUCGACAUCUGUUAAACAAUUUUACAAAGAUUCUUAAAACCUGUAUAGUAGUAUUAGUUUGAAUGUACCUGACUGAUCCAGGGCAGUUAUUGUAGAUAAUGUAGAUUGUAGACAUUUAAAGUUUGCGGAUUCUAAUGUUUCUUGUAGUUGUUGUAGUGUGAUUUCAUAAGUGUCAUAUUUGUUUAACUGAUGAUAAAGUUUAUGAUGAUGAUUAUACCGAAUUCUGAAGACAUAUCUUACUCAAUUUUGACCUAUACUGUCAUUAUCAUAAGCUCUCUUUUAUUUUUCUUAAUGAAUAAUGUUAAUACCUGGUUAUAUACAAAAGUUGUAUACGAUAUUUUUAUGUACAAUGUUGUGUCAUAAAUGUAAUGACCAAAGUAUAUUAGAGGGCUGUGGGUAAAUAUAUACCUGCAUGUACCUACUGUAGCAGCUCGAUUCUCGAUAUAAUUAGACUUUAAGCAUAAUAUAAUAAGCGUAAAUUAUUAAUGAAAUAAGUUUUUCAAGUAUUUUUUUAAUUUUAUGAAGAUGUAAUAACCUAAGACAUGUUUAGUUUUCUCAUGCAUAAAGUCGAUUAAGUUCUUUGGUAAGCAGCAAAAAAAAAAUUAAAUUUUCUUACCUGUAUACUAAAUUAUGACCAAUGGUUGGAAUCAAUCUGUAUAAUUUAUACCAAUCAAUUAUACAGAUUUAACUUUUUUUUUGAAAUGUGGGUGCGACCCUUUUUGCUUAUUUACCUAAAUAAAAAAAUAUGGGUUGGUGGGUUGUGCCCUGACCUAAAAAUGGCCAUUAAUUUCUCAGAACAUAUCCCAACAACUGUAAGUCGUGUAGUUUCUGCGAAACUUGUCUUUAGGUUUCAAUCGAACCUAUUUAGAUUUAAUUUUGUUAAUUAUAAGUUUUACAAUUACCAAGUAAUUUUAUAUUGUUGUUAUUGUUUGUUUCAUAAGUUUUCUAUCAUUUUCGACGUUCGAUAUUAUUUAUGUAUAUGAUUAAAAGCCGAUGAAAUUACCGUUUCAGAACGGCAAAACAAAUAAAUAAUUGUAUUAAUUUAGGCACAACCUGUGCGGGCCACGGGUAGUGAAUAGUUAUUAUUUAAUGUGUCUGCAAUUUACCGAGUAUUUAUCAAUGUUCAUGUGAUAAUUUAACAAAGAAACUUCACAUAUAUUAUUAUAUUUACACACGUAUAGUAAUAUAUUCUGUGAUACAACGUAAUAAUAAAUGUUCUUGUCUAAAUA